GAGUGGGUUUACAUGGCUAGGCUCUCUUGUGAAGAGAGGCAACUGUUGGAUAGCUAACUUUAGUAGAAGAUGAAGCGGGUGCUUGAAGACAAGCCGGAGGCGAAAUAGUAAUUUAUUUUUGAUGGAGACAACUUCAGAAUCAGCAGUGGCAUGGGGUACAGGUGAAACGGACCGCAGGCCUGGCCACUCUCGGGGACACGCAAUGUCGGACACCGUAUCCCUACCAUCCUUCGCCGAGUACCCCUCGGACCGGCCUUUUCUAAGCGCAGACCUCCACCCGCGCCGGUUCCACAGCAGGACUGUGAGGGCUUUCCCAGAGAGCAACAGUGCAGCCAUCCUGUCUGCGCUGAAGAAUCUGCAGGAGAAGAUCCGGAGGCUGGAGCUGGAGAGGUCCCAGGCAGAGGAGAACCUGCAGCGGCUGUCUCAAGAAACCUCCCAGUACAAGAAGGUCCUGGAGGGUGAGAGGGAGGGCAGCAGCGGAAGCCGCCAACGCGACCAAGAGCUAAGCACACUACUGGCUGCGACCGAGUCCCGCUGUAACCUCCUGGAGAAGCAGCUGGAGUACAUGAGGAAGAUGGUGCGCAAUGCUGAGUCAGAGAGGACGGCUGUGCUGAAGCAGCAGGUCUCCCUAGAGAAGGAUAAAUCAGAUGACCAUGGGGAAGUUCAGGCCAAGUUGGAGAAGCUGGACAUGUUGGAGCAGGAGUACAUGAAACUCACAGAGACUCAAAACCUGGCAGAGAGUAAGAUCCGAGAGCUGGAGCGCAAACUGCAGGAGGAGGAGCACCAGAGGAAGCUAGUCCAAGACAAGGCUGCCCAGUUACAGACAGGGUUAGAGGCCAAUCGCAUCUUGCUCCAGUCAGUGUCACCCAGCCCUCCCAGAGCUAAGAAAGACAGGAAAAAGAAGUCUGCUGCCAAGAAGCCCUUGCAGCAGUAUCAGUCCUACGCACAACCGCAUUACAGACUGAGCCUAGGAGACGUGCCCUUUGUGGCUGGAACAGUAAGUAAGUCCACAAGUACGAGCCACUCAGUCCGUGCCAACGUCCAGCACGUCCUGCACCUUAUGAAGCAGCACAACCGGCAGCUUUGCAACGACCGCGUGCUUAGCGGGGUGCCAUUGGCCAGAAGGUCCUCCCAUCCAACCUCUUCCACCAAUGGGAAGAAGUCUUCUGCCAGCCGCUCAAGCAGUAGCUCCUCCUCCUCUUCCUCCAGCAGCGGGGAGCUGUCAGAGCUCCUACUGGCCUUGCAGGAUGAGUUUGGCCACAUGAGUUUUGAGCACCAGGAGCUGGUAAAGCAGAUCCAGGACUCGCGGUCUGAUUGUCUGCGGCAGGACCUGGAGAGGGAGCUGGAAAGCCUGGUGAAGAGGAUGGAAGGCAAAGGGGAGCAGAUCGCCAAGGUGCGGCGGCACCAAGCACAGUUGGAAAAGUUGAAGAAGGAGUCGAGGAGCCAGAGGGGACAUCCCGGUGAGGUGAAGGUGACCACCACAGUCACCACACGAGGCAGGGGCGCCAGACAAGUCAAAGUCCAGCCAGGGAGCAGAAGCAAAGACAGCCUGAGGCUGCUGAAGGACAUGCAGAGCCUCCAGACCUCCCUGCGCAGUGACCAGGUCCACUGGGACUACUGAGAGUGUGUGUGUGUGUGUGUUUGUGUGUGUGCGCGGGUCACAGGGUUAAGGUUUUUCUCUCCACCUUGACCAGCAGUGAGUUUUCACCUUGCGGUCUCAAGGAGACCACACUGAUGACUAAAAGCGUUAAACGCUCACGUUGAGUUGUGCUCUGGGUUUACCAUGAACGUUUGUCCCAGGUCUGCUGGAAAUACUGAACUUCCUGCAUGCUGACCAGGUCAGACCUUCUUGGGGACCUCUGAGGGGUGUGGUCACUUUGUGUUGUGAGUGCAAGCUGAAACUGCUGGGGGUAUAGAGGUGUAAAGAGCACAGGGUUGCUCCCAGAAACCUCAGCUCUAGCAUCUCCGUCCCAGUACAGCACUGUUAUUACACAGAGCAUAUUAAAAUCCGUCCGUUAAGCAUACUGCUGAGCCCAGGGAUUUUUUUGAUAUUACUGGAACGCUUUGUGUUUAUAAUGGAUUGGAAGGCUCAGAGAGUCUGUUCUUGAGGGAGCUCUCUCCAUUCUAACAACUGCAGUUUAGCCUCAAGCCACCAGUGCCUCGGCGUUCAUACACAGUUGCAUGUGUAAUGGAACGUGAAGCAAGUCCGAACCGCGAGGCUUCUUUAGUCCACAAUCGGAAGUCCGCAACCAACUUGGCUGGGCAGCUGAAAUGUGUCAAAUCCCUGUGCUAAGGAAACAGUGAAGGCUGAGAAAGCCAACCUUCACUUCCUGGGACCUGCUGAUUGACUGAAGAGAGCAAUAAAAAGACAAAACUGAAUACGUGCUGUAAUUUUCAGGUGAAAUAAUGGGCUGGAUGCUGUACGUAACAUGGGUUGGCUUUUACCAUUUCUGCAUAUACAGGUUGUGUAAU